UAUCGUCACUAUACUUCUUAUCUUAUAUAGAUCCUUAUCGUCAAACCAGUUCACAUUUGAUCCUUCGUGAUUACCCAAGAGUCGAUCUAGUUGGCAUUUACCUCAAAAGUAGAAAAUUCAACCAUAGGCUAAAAUAUUUUUCGAGUUCUAUCAGAACAAAAUCAUGGACGGUCCACAAGAAGAGCUAGCAGUUAAUGUCGAUUUGCCAAAUUCCAGCGAAACAAACAACAAUCAGGAAGGAAGCACUACAAGGCGCGUGUCUGAUGCUCCCCCCAUUCAUUCAAGCCCAAGUCGAAACAGUCGGCAACAUCGACAUCGCCGACACCGACAUCCUCAUCACCGUCGACGACGACAUGGUGUCCGAUCUGGGGACCUCAGAUUUGAAAAAACGUUACUUCACUUCAGUGCAGCCCACAUUUUGCUUGGCAUAGUCUGCGUCCUCCUCCAGAUGGUGCAAUUUACAAAUCACUCGAUUUUGUCGGAAGCUCAACCAGGUUUAUGGUGUGGUACCUUCUUUGUCAUUACGGGUUCGGUGUGUCUCGGCUUGGCAAAAACAAAAGGACUAUACAGUACGGUGACCAUGCUGUGCUUUUGCCUUGUGUCCCUAUUCAUGGCAUUGACUCUGGCUUCAUUGAGUUGGUUGGGAUCCCAAGCUGCUCUUUGUUGUGAAGAUUUUUGGGAAUACAACUGCGAAGAUGAUUACAUCAACGGUCUACCUACAUUUAAUAAUACAAAGACUACAUCAACGAUGACGACAGCCAGCGAAUUUCAAACUACUACGCCAUUUGUUCAACUGACUUCCUCGACGGCGAACACUUCCAAUUCGUGUUAUGGACCUAUUGAAAACGGCCCUUCUUGCGAAAAUAUUAGACACGGAUACUGCGGUUACGAUAUUCAAUUAGGACGUACGCUACAUCUGUUGCUACUGGUUUCCGGAGUAAUCGGAGCGACCACAAGCUUUGUUUUGUCGACCCUGGCGUGCAGUCGGCCAAAUAGAGAAACUGCAGGAAUCCGCCCGCGAUUGUCGUCUAUCUUUGUAGUGGGUGGUGACAACUUGCCAACAGGUGGAAGACCGAUUACGGCUUGGGAAUUUCCACCUCCAACAAAAGACACUGAGCUUGCCAAUACACCAGGGAUUGAAGAACAAUAUCCAGACGAACCACCACCACCGUAUGUAGAACAAGAUAAUGCCGAUCUACAGUGUCACCUGUAAGGAGGUUCAUAAUUUGGACUGUGCUACGCCAAAUCAACGCAAGUCUGUCAACUUUGAUUUGUCUCUAUAGUCCUUCUUACACUCGUACAGUUAAGACCAUUUGACCAUGUAUAGUUACCGUGCUGUUAAAAAUUAAAAGAUGUCAUACCUUUAAAUCACCCUAACAAUAUAAAUAUACCUUCGGAAAUUCCAAUGUUAGAAGCCGUCUUUUCCCAAUUUCCAAUUCAAAUUUUGUUUUGUACUAUAUAUACUUUGUACAUUGCGACAAUAUGUAGAAGCACAGGCCGGAUUUUCCCUUCGAUAAUACACGAAACUCUGUUCAAGUCUUGAA